UAAUUAGCAUAUAAUGAGCAGUGAGGAAGACCAGAGGUCACUGUGGUCACCAUCUUGGUUUUGGUGGGUUUUGACUGGCUUCUUUACCCUUUUAUCCCGGGGUCUUUGUGAUGGGUAUCUGUGACCUCCUGUCUCACCCUGUGAUUAAGAAUGCCUGACAUCCUGGGGAUGCAUCGAGCAGGUCUCACUCUCAUUUUACCCAGCCCCUAUUCAAGAUGGAACCACUGUGGUUGCAAUGCCUCUGACAGCAUCAUGUGGUUCAAAGUAGUCAGAGCUGGAGAGGUUUCCUCCCUCCUUGAUGAGAGGAAAGGGCGCAAGUUUUGAAGUCCGCUGGGCCUUGAUUCAAACAUCCACUCUUUGUGUUUUCCAUUGCUUUGUAACAAAUGUAACAGCUUGACACACUGCCUGCUUAUGAGCUGGCGGUUCUCUAGGUAGAAGACUGAGUGGAGGAAUCCAGGCGAGCUCUGCUUACAUCCCUACUUGGGAUCUCACAGGUUGAGGUCUAGGUGUAGGCCAGGCCUUCCUCUUACCUGGAAGUUCUGGGGAAGAAUCUAUUUGCAUGUUCAUUCAGGUUUUUGGCAGAAUCCAUUUCCUUGUGGCUGGAGGUCUGAGAUCCUCAGUCCCUCAAUGGCUGUCAGCCAGGAGCCACUCUUCCUCCCAGAGGUCACCCCUGUUCCCCUCCUUCUUCAAAGUCUGCUGAGUCCUUGUCACCCUUCAAGCCUCUGACUUCUCUGUUACCAGCUCAAGAGAACGCUUUGCUUUUAAAGGGCUCUUGUGCUUGGAUGUAGCCUACUUGGAUAAUUUCCCUUUUGCUCUACAUAGUAGUUCCCCCUUAUCUGCAGGGGAUAUGUGCCAGGACCCUCAGUGGAUACCUGAAACUGUGGAUAGUACUGAACCCUAUAUAUACUAUGUUUUUUCCUAUGCGUACAUACCUCUGAUAAAGUUAAUAAGUUGGGCACAGUAAGAUAUUAAUAAUCAACAAUAAUAAAAUAGAGUAAUUACAACAAUAUGCUAGAAUGAAAGCUAUAGGCAUGUGGUCUCUCUCCUCUCUCUCAACCUAUCUUACUUUACUGUUCUCACUCCUCAUCGUGGGAUGACGUGAGAUGAUAAAGUGCCUGCGUGGGGAGAGGUCCUGGCAGCUGAUCUGAUAACCAAGGCGGCUACCAAGUGGCUAACAGGCCAGGAGUGGAGACAGCAUGGACAAAGGGAUGAUACACGUCUCUGGUGGGACGGAGCUGGAUGGUGCGAGAUUUCAUCACAUUACUCAGAAUCGUGCAUAGUUUAAAACUAAAUUUUUUGUUUCUGGAAUGUUUCUGGCAUUUUCCAUGUAGUAGUUCUAAGCCAUGGUUGGCUGCUGGUAACUGAAACUGCAGAUAAGAGGGAGACUGCUGUAAUGUAACAUGAGCAGCAGCCACACCAGGGCUGAAGGUCACAGGACCGCCGUAAAAUUCUGCCUGCUACUCUCUUCCCCCUGUGGCCCAGUGACCUGGUGCAGGUGACAUAACUUCUCUGAGCAUCUUUCUUCAGCUGUCAAGUGGGCCUAGUGAAAGGUUUUGACAGAAUCAGGGGAGGCAGUGAGUGCCUCUGCAGUGUUUGGCCAGGUUUUUUUUUUUUUUUUUUUUUUUUUUAACCCUUCCUUUGUUAAGCCAGUUUGAUUUGAAAUCUCUCUUGUCUGAUUCAGAUAAAACAAAAUCGUAAAGGGCCUUCUUCGUCUGAAGUACUUGCCAUUCUAAAAGGUUGUUAUGAUUUUCCGGGUUUUUUCUAUGCAGAGGAGUCAGAAGAGACAAGCUGGGCCACAUGUCUUCAUCCAAACCUUUCUGGUCUUUACUUCUUCCCCUCACCCCUCACUGAGUCUGCUUCAGCUGCUGUCUCGGGGAGCCUGCAGGGUGGGGGCCAGGGAGCUCUGCCUGUGUCCCCAAGCACGUGGUGGUUCUGGUCAGAGGCCGGCCCCCCCAGCAGCUGGCCCCUGCCACUCUGCGGGAGGCCGGUCUGAGGCUGAGGGGCUCCUGGGCCGCUGACUCUUCACCACCUCUCUGCCUGUCACUCUGUCCCCUCAGGAGAUCCCCCGAGAGCUCACGCUGGAUGCCCUGCUGGAGAUGAACGAGGCCAGGGUGAAGGAGACACUGCGGCGCUGUGGGGCCAGUGCGGAGGAGUGUGGCCGCUUGCAGUACGCCCUCACCUGCCUGUGGAAAGUGACAGGCCUGGGAGGGGAACACAAGGAGGGCUCCGGUUGGAGUUUGUUGGAUGCUCAGCGGGAAAGUGGCUCAGGGCCUUCCACGGACAACCUCUCACCAGCCAGCCUGCCCUGACCCCCGGGGAGCUCUCAGCUGGGCAGACCAGGCAACAGCGCCCAGGGCCCACGCUCCAUCUCCGUGUCAGCUCUUCCCGCCUCGGACUCCCCCACCACCAGCUUCAGUGAGGGCCUCUCGGACACCUGUAUCCCCCUGCACACCAGCGGCCAGCUGACCCCCUGGGCCCUGCACAGCUUCAUCACCUCGCCCACCACACCCCAGCUGCGAUGGCACACCAAGCUGAAGCCACCACGGACGCCCCCGCCACCCAGCCGCAAGGUCUUCCAGCUGCUGCCGAGUUUCCCAACACUCACCCGGAGCAAGUCCCACGAGUCUCAGCUGGGGAACCGCAUUGACGAGGUCUCCUCGAUGAGGUGAGAUCUCCCGCAUGGAUCCCCACAGAUGGUACGGAGGGAUAUCGGGCUCUCAGUGAUGCACAGGUUCUCCACCAAGUCCUGGCUGUCACAGGUCUGCCACAUGUGCCAGAAGAGCAUGAUAUUUGGAGUGAAGUGCAAGCAUUGCAGGUUGAAGUGUCACAACAAAUGCACCAAAGAAGCUCCUGCCUGUAGAAUAUCCUUCCUGCCAUUAACUCGGCUUCGAGCCUCAAACAUCAACAACCAGGUGGACAGGGCAGCCGAACCCCACUUUGGAACCUUCCCCAAAGCACUGACAAAGAAGGAGCACCCGCCGGCCAUGAAUCACCUGGACUCCAGCAGCAAGCCUUCCUCCACCACCUCCUCCACACCCUCCUCGCCAGCGCCCUUCCCGACAUCAUCCAACCCAUCCAGUGCCACCACGCCCCCCAACCCCUCACCUGGCCAGCGGGACAGCAGGUUCAACUUCCCAGCUGCCUACUUCAUUCAUCAUAGACAGCAGUUCAUCUUUCCAGACAUUUCGGCCUUUGCACAGGCAGCCCCGCUCCCCGAAGCCGCCGACAGUACCCGGCUCAACGACCAGCCAAAAGCAGACGUGUUGGAGGCUCACGAAGCAGAGGCUGAGGAGCCAGAGGCUGGCAAGUCAGAGGCAGAAGACGACGAGGACGAGGUGGACGACUUGCCGAGCUCUCGCCGGCCCUGGCGAGGCCCCAUCUCUCGCAAGGCCAGCCAGACCAGUGUGUACCUGCAGGAGUGGGACAUCCCCUUCGAGCAGGUAGAGCUGGGCGAGCCCAUCGGUCAGGGCCGCUGGGGCCGGGUGCACCGCGGCCGCUGGCAUGGCGAGGUGGCCAUUCGCCUGUUGGAGAUGGACGGCCACAACCAGGACCACCUGAAGCUCUUCAAGAAAGAGGUGAUGAACUACCGGCAGACGCAGCACGAGAACGUGGUGCUCUUCAUGCGGGCCUGCAUGAACCCGCCCCACCUGGCCAUCAUCACCAGCUUCUGCAAGGGGCGAACAUUGCACUCGUUUGUGAGGGACCCCAAGACGUCUCUGGACAUCAACAAGACGAGGCAGAUCGCUCAGGAGAUCAUCAAGGGCAUGGGGUAUCUUCAUGCCAAGGGCAUCGUACACAAAGACCUCAAAUCCAAGAACGUCUUCUAUGACAACGGCAAGGUGGUCAUCACAGGCUUCGGGCUGUUCGGGAUCUCAGGCGUGGUCCGAGAGGGACGGCGUGAGAACCAGCUGAAGCUGUCCCACGACUGGCUGUGCUAUCUGGCCCCUGAGAUCGUGCAUGAGAUGACCCCUGGGAAGGAUGAGGAUCAGCUGCCAUUCUCCAAAGCUGCUGACAUCUAUGCAUUUGGGACUGUCUGGUAUGAGCUGCAAGCACGAGACUGGCCCUUGAAGAACCAAGCUGCAGAGGCAUCCAUCUGGCAGAUUGGAAGCGGGGAAGGAAUGAAGCGUGUCCUGGCCUCUGUCAGCCUGGGGAAGGAAGUCAGUGAGAUCCUGUCAGCCUGCUGGGCUUUUAACCUGCAGGAGAGACCCAGCUUCAGCCUGCUGAUGGACAUGCUGGAGAAACUUCCCAAGCUGAACCGGAGGCUCUCCCACCCUAGGCACUUCUGGAAGUCAGCUGACAUUAACAGCAGCAAAGUUGUACCCCGGGUUGAAAGGUUUGGCUUGGGCAUCCUGGAGUCCAGUAAUUCAAAGAUGUAGCCAGCCAUGUGGUUUUUCUGCUGCCGAUCUCUUUCUUUUUAAAAUGCGUUUCUGAAACAUCCAAACAACCACCACUACAAAAAAUAGACUGCCUGCCCAGCGCUGCAAACCAGGAGCACGUAUCCUAGAUUGAGACUGUUCGCAAUAAACCCCAUUCGGGAGAUGGAGCUGCACCUGCUAUUUCUUUACAUGAUACCACCAACAACCAAACCUGUCCUGACAGACAGCAAAUGUUUACACCUAUAUGUCUGCUGAGUGAACCUGAUGUAUUACAAUAGAUUAAUAAUAGAAACAGUCCACGCAUAGAUGCGCUGGCACCGACGGCCAGGAUGGCGGAAAUGACCGUGUCCUCUGGAGGACCUCGUAGGCGGUGAGGGACCCGUGCUGGGCCAGAGGGGAAGACACACAUGGCGAUUGCAGCUGUUCUUGGGGUGGGGCAGGGAGCCCACAAGGUCUGACCUGGACUCGGCUUUUUGACCCAAGAGCCCAUUGAGGGAAUCGGGGACUCUCUCUAGGCCUCUCCCCUUGUCCUUUCAAAGGGAUGCUGCCCCUUCCUUGUCUUGCAGAGGAAACCCUGGCUGGGAACUGAGCUAGAUUAUGGAGUCUGGAGCUCCUGGAGAGCUUGAGUUCACCUUCUCAUCCCUGUAAUCCAGGCUUCUCCUGUUGGAAAAAUAGAAACAGAAUCCAGAAAAUGUCUGGACUCACCCGGUGGUUCCCAGCCAGGGUUUCUGCUGCAAGGUGAGGAAACACCCAUAGCUUGUACAGAUGUGAGUCUUUGAUGAAGCCCCCAGCAGGCACCAAGGUGAUGGGACUCAGGACCUUGGCUUUUCGAUACAUCCCAGUCCCUGACUGACAUCUGACCGCGAGGGCUGGAUGGGUGAGAACGAGGAAGACAGGAGAAGGAGUAGAUGGCAAAGGUACCUGAGCCCUCUUCCCAGCCACAGGGUGACCCUGGCACUGUAAAACCCUUUGUCAGUUAUGCUAGAAGGUUCUAGGAUUUCCCACCUCUUCCAUGUCAGUCCUGUUGAAACCCCUUAGCCCAUUACCAACUACCCUGUCCACGCUCUGAGCUCAAAUGGGCGGUGUGUGGCCCAUGACCCCUUUCAUGUAGACCCAGCUAGCUGGCCCCCAUCUGCAGAGCCUUCUCUGGCACCACUAGGCCUUCUACUUGUGUCCGUUUGAAGCAGGAGGGGCUGGAUUUGGAAAAGUCUUUGACGUGAGAGCACCACACUUGUCUUCAUUAGCAACUCUCACCUGCAGAGAAAAGUUCCAGAUGGCAAGGGAGCCCUUAAGUGAAGGUUAGGCUGCAUUAGGCUCCAAAACCAGAAAGGAAAAGGGUUGGGAGUGAAGAUGAGAUUAGAUUCAGGCCCAGGACCUGUGACCAUGCUCUGAGCUCAGACUUGGGAAGGGAGGGAGGUGGCUCCCGCCCCUUGCAGUUAGACCCGCCUACCAGAGCCCCAGUCUCCAGCCCCUUCCCUAGCACCAGAGCCUGGUGCUGCUGCUCUGCCAGGAAGAUGAGCUGCUCUGCCAGGAAGCUGUGGAGUUGCCUCCUCUCCAGGCCGGGCACCCCUUGGUCAGCCCCUCCUUGGCACAGCUAUAUGGCAGUGCCAGCGUGCCUGUCCAUCAGUGUCUUCACUCUUCCCAGCACUUGAGGGGUGGCCAUGAACCACAUGGACUCGGCUCCGUGCGGGCUUCUGUGCUGUGGUGGGACUGCUCAUUUUGCCCUGUCAUCCUUUGGGCCACCACAUGCCUGCCCCUUCCCAGGGAUCACCUGUGUCUCCAGCCUUCCACCUUUCUAUUGCAACCGUGCCCUUUGUCCAGGUGAGAGCAGGCCUGAUGGAUGUCCUGGUGAGCCCCACAGUUGGACAUCAGCUCAGCCAGUCAGACUCGGUUCCUCCCCAACCCCUGACACCAGGCCGCAGUGGGAUGUGCAGGCCCCCAGAAAGUCAGUCAGGGUUUUGCUUUUUCUCAUGAGCAUCACAGUUAAAGAAGCACUCAUUGAGCAACUACAGUGCACUUGGCCCUGUGCAAGUGCUGGGCACCUAGAGAUAGGAGCAGUCAUGGUCCCUGCUCUUAAGGAACUGAUGACCUGGUGGGGCCCUGUUAUAUUCCAGGAACCCAGAAGCCACUGGGCCCCACAGGUGGAACUGGAGGACUGGGGGCAGCCUUCUGGCUCUCAGCCUGCCACCUCUGUACUGCCUGUCUUUUAAGAACCCCACCCCACCCCGUGAUGGUCCCCCUGCUUCCCUUGUAUUUCAGUGACUGUGAACUGAGGUUAGGAAGGCACACCUGCCCUUCUGUGUGUUCUCUCCGUCUGCCUUGGAAACACGAAGGAUGACAGAUACUGUGAAUUCAGCCAUCACAGCCAACUGUGAAGGGGAUGGAGAAGGCUGGGAGGGCUUGGGGAGAGCUCUUAGGGGCUGCGGAAGUCCCCACUGGGGUCUCAGAGUGGAGCCCAAGCUUUGGCCCUCCAAGGCACCCCCAGUUUCCAGCCUCGCCUCUGAAGCCCUGCUGCCUUGAACCACCAGAGCCGCAGCCCCCUGGGUUUCUGCCUAACUCGAAGUCUCGAAUCCUAGCUAGCUUGGGGUUAGUUGUGAGCAGUGUGUAGCAAAGCUGAUCUCUCCAUGUCGCCAAGUCAAAACACCCUCUGUCUCCUUACAGCAUUUCCUCUUGAGGUCACAGAGGGGAAUGGCAAGCCCUGGCAGCCAGUGCUAUUCUGUGUGGCUUUGGCAUGGGGGGAGGGCGGGCAUGUAAAUGUGAAGCCAGUUGGAGUUUGUGCUGUGCAGCAGUGUUAGCCAGGAUCUCAUCAGCGUGUGCAAACCUAGCGUCUUCUGUGGCCACAAACCACACACUUGCUUUCUUUGAAUGCGAUGUAAAAUUUGUACAGUAAAGUUUUUAUAUUUUCUAUCAACUG